GGUCCUUCCUGUGCCGUUUCCGACUCUGAAGUGACAUGGCGACUCGCGUGCAGAAAACAGCGCAUGAUGUCCCAAGCCGCCGUCGGACUGACGAUGUGUUCUUGGCUGACAAAAUCGAUUUUAGUUCUCUGCUUCUCUCCGAGACUGUUCAGCGGGGUCUUGCUGCUGCCGGCUUCCAAAGACCGUCGCCUGUGCAGCUGAAGGCAAUUCCUCUGGGUCGCUGCGGACUCGAUCUUAUUGUACAAGCUAAAUCAGGAACAGGGAAGACAUGCGUGUUUGCCACAAUUGCACUGGAUUCCUUAGUGCUGGAAAAUCCUUCCAUUCAGGUUCUGGUUCUGGCCCCAACCCGUGAAAUUGCAGUGCAGAUUCAUUCUGUUAUCACUGCUAUUGGCGUUGAAAUGGAAGGCUUGGAGUGCCACGUUUUUAUUGGAGGGACACCACUGAGCCAAGACCGAGCAAGGCUGAAGAAAUGCCAUGUGGCUGUUGGCUCGCCAGGUCGGGUAAAGCAGCUGAUCGAGCUCGGCUACCUGUCAACGACUGGUGUUCGCUUGUUUGUACUGGAUGAAGCAGACAAACUCCUGGAAGAGGGCAGUUUUCAAGAACAGAUCAACUGGAUCUACUCCUCUCUGCCCGUCAACAAACAGAUGCUGGCACUAUCGGCAACAUACCCAGCAUCCCUAGAGGAGCAUUUGACACGGUACAUGAGGGAUCCUGCAUUUGUAAGGAUGAACCCCACAGAUCCUGGGCUCAUUGGGCUUAAGCAAUAUUACAAGCUUGUGAAAUCUCACCCUCUGCCUCACAAGAUCUUUGAGGAGAAGGUGCAACAUCUCCUGGAGCUCUUUGGCAAGGUCCCAUUUAACCAGGCUCUUGUUUUCUCCAACUUACACAGCAGAGCUCAACACUUAGCUGAUAUCCUCACCUCAAAGAACCUCCCAGCCGUGUGCAUCUCUGGGGGUCUGACUCAAGAACAGAGAAUGGAAGCUAUGUCCAGGCUGAAGCAGUACAAGUGUCGUGUUCUAAUUUCUACAGACCUGACGUCUAGAGGAAUCGAUGCAGAUAAGGUUAAUCUCGUCAUAAAUCUGGAUGUUCCUCAGGACUGGGAAACCUACAUGCACCGUAUUGGAAGGGCUGGUCGUUUUGGGACCCUUGGGUUGGCCGUGACAUACUGUUGUUUUGGAGAAGAGGAAAAUGAAAUGUUGGCAAUUGCUCAAAAGUGCAACUUGGAUCUCCACUGCUUGCCAGAUCCUAUUCCUCCUGGAUUAAUGGAGGAGCCUUGUGACUUUGCGGUCUGCGUGGAGAAUUCCCCCAACGUUCCUGAACAAAUGGCAUUUUCUGGCGAAGCAAUUCAGAUUCAGGAGAGUGUGUCAGAAGAUUUCUUUUCCACACGGCAGAGUGCUCCCGGAAAGGCCGGAAGAAAAGCAGAUAAGCGAAAGCAAGUAAAAAAUGGAACUUCUAGAGCAGAGCAGUUGCAUGGCCAGGAUGGUGGUAAGACCGAUGGCAGAGUGACAGAAAAGACCCCAUCACUGGGUAACAAUUUGGAGUCUCUGUCUCAGGCAGACUCUGGUCAGAUGGUUUCCUCACUGUUUAAUAGGCAGCACCAAAGUCUUACUGACUUGGAAAAAAAAGCACAGCAAGAUGCAUUGCCAAAAAUCCCAUCGCUGCCAUCAUUUAAAGUCAAGAGGUCUCAUAGGUCCUCCAUCUUGAGUUUUUCUAAACUGGUUGAAGACUAUGAACAUUUUAUCAGGUACGGGCCCGGAAGAACAGUGGAGAUUAGACGCCAGUGUGCUGGCUUGGGCAGCAAUGGCUCAGAGGAGGUAGCUGAUGAGGUCUGUUUUCAAAGUAGUGAGGAUCCGCGAGCCUGCCAGGCCCAAGACUCUGUUGAACACCUCCGUGACCGAACAAGCAGCAGCUCUCCUGGUAGGCCUAGCUCCCCGAGCAGUGAGUCAACCAUGUCCAAUAAAGAUGACUCCAGUGAGACGGAGGAGGGUGGCUCCGAAAAUAUGGAAGUCACUUUCUCAUCCAACAAAGAGACCCCCGUUAGUAACACAGCAGCAGAUAAAAUGCCUAAAACGAAUACCACUGAGGUCUGUAUUCCAAAGAACAUGGACUCGGAACCAGCAAGAACCUCUAGCACAAAAUACAGGUCUGCUCCAGAGACUCCAACCGUGCAGUACCAGGACGACGCCAAGUCAACCCACCGGGUUAGAGAGUCCUCUGUUGCUAAGAAGCAGCCAGGGCAACAUGGCUACCAGAGGCCGAGUUCCAAGCAGGCCGGCCGGGAGAGCCGGUCAGCGUCUUCAGUGCAGGACGACUAUUGGACGCAGUAUUACAAGGCCUGGCGGAUGUACCACCCGCCACAUCUCCGCGCUUACCAGAACUGGAUGAACGCCUACCACAUGAACCUGGUGUACAUGCAGGAACUGAUGAAGCGCUGAAAGGUUUGGAUCGUUCUCUGGGUCUUUUGCUCAGCCAUAUUUUCAUACUUUCUGGAAUAGUUUGUAUGUUUCCUCUUGUUUUUGUCUUAUAAAACCAUUUAUGGUAGAAUUUAAUGUGAUGCAAAUGUUUGGAUCGGUGAAUAAAUGGGAAAGGUGGCGCACACUCUGCUUGCUU